ACACCAAUAUCCGUUUACAUUUUGGUUCCCUGUUGAGACGGUCUCAACAGGGAUAUAUAUAUGUAUAUGAGCUCUUUUAUUAUUAUCAUGAACGCAGACGAUCAAAAAAUGACUUAAUUCAUUCACAAAAUCAAGUAAUAAUGGUGUCGGAUUUUCUCAAUUAGGGAGUAAUGAACUCUGAACUAAGAGCAAGUGAGGCGCGUCAGCAGUCCAAAGCUAGAGACCAAGUCAGCUCUGUUCAUCCUCAUGGCAAAAAGGUGAACAAGAGUAAACCAAAACCUCUGUACUUCUGGGACUGUGCUGAUGUGAACAAGUGGAUGAAGAAAUGGUGUGGUGCUCUCCAUGAAAAGUAUGGAGAACUUUUUCUGCAGCAAGAGGUCACUGGGAGGACACUUAUUAGGAUGAAUGACAUUAAGCUCGAGAAAAUUGGCAUUGUGAAUCCAGCCCACAGAAGAGAAUUAAUGCAACACAUACUAAGACAGAGGUUAAAACAUGAAAUGACAGAUCUAAAAAAUAUGGACCAAGAAGGAACAGGAUUUGCACAAAGUAGAUACCAGUCUAUCAGAGAGAAGGACAAGGAAAAGCACACAGAAAAUAACAAGGAAAAACGCAGUGAAACCAAUAAUAGCUAGCUAUCAAAAAUGUCGGGAUUACCAGUCAACUAGUCAGAUUGUAUUCAAUUUGUAUCAACAAUUGUUUGUAUUACAUUUAUAUGACUGACAUCUGAAAAUUAAUGUUCCAUUUAAUCUUUGAAUGAAGUACAUGUAUUGUGACUUUGUUAUAGUACAAAUGUACAUGUACAUGCAGUGUAUAUUCUGAUACAUACAAUGUAUAUUCUGAUACAUACAGUGUAUAUUCUGAUACAUACAGUGUAUAUUCUGAUACAUACAGUGUAUAUUCUGAUUUCCAUCCUAUACUAAGACUGAACUGUGUCACAUACCUCAAUGGAGCUGUUUCUAUUUCUCUGUGAUAUAUAUAUAUAUAUAUAUAUAUAUAUAUAUAUAUAUAUAUAUACUGUUGUAUGAGCUAAUAUAUGACAUUACAUGUCGGAACUAUAAAAAUUCGGAACUCUCCUGAAAAAGAAGUUACGAAAAUAUGUGUUACUUGGGCAACUCUUGUAUACAAAUUAGUGAUGGCUAAAGAGAAUUCAUUUUUGAUACAAAAAUGUUGCCAGAUUUGAGGAUUAUAGUACCAAAAACAUGAGUUAAUUAUUAGAUUAAAUUUGUGAUGUUUAGAAGCAAAUGGCUACAAAUUACUGUGUAUUUCUUCUACCAUAUGUGGAUAUUUACUUAGUUUGUUCGAUUUUCUCAAGUCAUUAUGCCAACCAACCACUAUGCAGUAAUGUCAUAAAUAAUCACAUUUAAUGCACCUAUCUUCAGGUUCGUAGCAACGGGGUGGGUGGGGGUGCUUUCCCCCUAAUAGCAUGUGAUGUACUUUAAUGUAUCCCAUUAUUAUCACAUACAAAGUUCUUAUGCAAACAUUGAUUUAUUAGCUGGUCAUUUUACAGUAUUGGUGAAUAAUAGAUUAAAAACGAUGCAUUGAUCUUACAUAAUGAGCGUACUGAAGGGUUAUAAUAAUAUAAACCCCCAACAACCCACCCCCUGAUUUUAGGGUUGAGGAGAACUACUUUUUGCUAACUAAAAUAUUUUUUAAAACAAAAAAAACACCUUUUUUUCUACCCUACCCCCCCCCUCCUUCAAAAAUGACGCUAGGUGUCUGAACUCACUAUAUCUGAUUCGUUUAUAGUUACAUGUGCUUGCCCAAGUUAACACAGUAAACAAAAUCUGCGAUGGAAUCUGAGACGAAAUAAUGGUUCCUAUAUUCUGUAUUCAAAACUGUUAAUAUAUUUUUUUAGGACUUUCAUAGUAUGAAUGAAUUCAUACAAAUUGAUGAUAAGCUACAAUAAAAUUACCGAUCAAAACAUGACAGAAUAUACAUGUACAUCUACAUUAAUCAAAGACACCCCCCCCCCUACAAAACAAGUCGUAUGAGAUAUGGUUGUAUAAUUCUUCUUCUUAACUGUAAGAAUGUUGUGAGAACUUUCGUGCACUUUAAACAAUUUUAUGUAUAUUUUGCAGUUUGCAAUGAUAUUUUUGUUAGUUUUUGUUAUUUACAGAAUUGUAACCGAAGUUAUUUUUUUACCCACCAAAGAAACAGUAUAUUUAAGUAUAUUUAUUUUUACAUGUUUUGUUGGCCUGAAAAUAAAAAAAUUCUUAAAAUCGGAUUAAUUUAUAAACUCUUUACUUCAGAGUGUUGCAUCUACCAACCUACUAUUUUGUGUCCAAACAUGAAAUCUACUUUAUAUGAAUAUUUGCAACACCGAUAAUGCAUACAAAUUGGGUGGUCUUUUUUCUUAUGCACCCAUCAAUGAAAACAAGUAGACAUUUUCAUACAUCUUGCAUAUACUGUUCUGCAUAGUAAACCACGCAAAAACAGGCAGGUUAUGUUUUGCAAUGACAAAGUUUUGUGGAUAAAUGCCAUGACCGUAUGUUUAGUUCCAUUAACCAUAUUUACAUGUAUACGUGUGUACGCUACUGGGUUAUUACAUUGUAUCUUGUGUAACGACUGUAUAUUAUGUAUGGUAUAUGAUUUUGUAUCACUUUUUAAUGAUAAUAAACAAGUGUUAAAAUGGA